GAGCUCGGCUUGGGAGUCACGGGGUGGGGUGCUGACUGUCACCCUCCCCCCCCAGAGUGGAACCUGGGGCAAACCACCCCUAUCGCCCCCCCUUGCUACGCCCCUGCCGAGACAUGGAGGGGGAGAAAAGGGAAAACCAGGACAUUCUGGGAUCAAAUGAGAAGCUUCUGUAAUUCCGGGACUGUCCUUGGAAAAUUGGGACAAUGACAAUAAUUCCAUGGAAUGGAACUGACUGGUUGCCCCUAGGUCAGUCUGGAUGGGGAAGAUUGGAAGAGGAGGAGGGAUUGUGCUACAAUAGUAUCAAUAGUAGAAUGUAUCCUUUAUUGCCAUACUUAAAGACCCAGGUUAAAGUUCUGGGGGCACAUGAAUCAAAGUCAGGUACAUUUCCAUUGGGGAAGAGGCAUAGCCCAUUAGUAGAGCAUGUGCUUUGCAUGUAAAAUGUCCCAGUUUCAAUCUCUGCCAUCUCUAGGGAGGGCUGAUAAUGCCCCCUGUCUGAAACCCUGGAGAGCUUCUGCCAGUCAGUGUAAGCUAGAUGGACUCAGCUAAGCUAGAUGGACUCAGGAUAGGACAGCUUCCUAUGUUCCAUCAGUGGGGAUACCACCACCGAAUAGAUUAUUUCUCCAGUCAUCAGGCCAUGACCCUCUGAAAGCAGCAGGGUCCGAGUCUCUAGAAACAAAAGGUUUUGUCUCAAUGUAGCCCAGACGUUCCAGUUCUGAUAAUAGUUAUCUGCAUAAUAUUUGAGAAAAGAGGAUGGGAGAGAAGUAGCUCCCCACAAGGUGUUCCCCCCCCCAAGUCUGUCUUUUAUUUUCUCUUUUUUCAGAAAUUUAACAUGUGGAACAAAGCUCACCCUCUCAUCAGAAUAUGCCCCUUUAUUUAUUUAUUUAUUUAUUUCCCCCUGCAUGUACAGAUUUACGUGUGUGUGUGUGUGUGUGUGUGGAUUGUAUUGUGUAGCUUAAAAGUCAUUCAGCACCAGGUUGGAUAAAAAUCGUCCCACCCCUCUCCCACACCCUGUCCUGUAUUUUGCAAGAACAAAGAACCUUAUCCUUAACACACCCUGCAAACAAAUCAGAACAAAUGCUCCGUAAACAGACCAUCUGGAAGAACCCCAAGAACUGAAAACAUGACCCCCAUUCAGCUGGUCCCAGUCAACAAUCUAUCAUCUGUGUGGAUGCUUCUGAGUGGCUUGAAGUCUCCUCCUUGUUUAUUUAUAAAUAAUAUUUAUAAACCGCACCUUGCCCAAAAUGUAAUUUGAAUCAGUGGCAGACCUGAAUCUGGCAUGUUGCAGUCAUUUAAUCUGUGGGUUUCCAGAACAUGAGUACCACUUCCAUCCUUUGAAUAUGUUAUUAUCUAACACCACUUCUUAUUUGCCUGGAUCAAGCUUCAGUUCAUUCACCCAAAUUGAGCUCAUUACUGGUUCCAAACAGCUGCUCAGGACACCUGGAUUAGAUGAAAAGGAGAGAGGGACAGAUCAGGAGGAUGUGAACUGCAUAUGGAAAGCUCUCCCCUCUAAUUCAAUUCAUGAUGUCUCUUCUCUCACUUUUUUCUGGGUCAACAUUGCAAUCAGAUGGGGAAUCUCAGCCAGUCUUUCCUUCAAAGAACAGCAGAUUAUGAUCUACUUUCCUCAGGCACUUGUUAAGCUUGUUUUUCCGCUAAACUCAAAUUUUACGUCAUGCUAGCUGUUCCUGCUAAAAUAUUUGCAUACUCUGAUGCGUCUCUGGGUCUUCUCAUCAGACAUCCUACUUUUCUCCUGGGAUGAACAAGACAAGGCAUCAGACUAUUGGCUGGUGGUCUUAUACAUAUUUUUGAGAUAGAUUGGAAGAGCUGGGGAUACUUUGCAUUAACUUUUCUGAUCCAGAAAAUGUUUUUGAAACAUGCUUGCUCUGGGGGAUUUUCUGGUUUUUUAUUUGUAGGGUGAAAAGGAGGCGAGAAAUAGAUGAUUAGCACUUUCCUGUGUGACCUGAAGACAAAAGCAGGCUCAGCAGUGGAACAGAUGCUGGUGUGGAUCUCAAGCUGGAGAUCAUGUUCCAUUUUCGAAGAAGAACUUUUUUAGCUACAGUGGUAUGUCUGGUGGCUCUUGCCUCUAUGCUGACACUUUCCUACUACCGGAUACGGAAAUACUCUUUACUACCAAAACUUGUUGCACAGAAAGGAAAAGACCUCUGCAAAGGAUGGGUCACCAAUAACUCAAUCUCUGCUUUGAGUGACAACAGAUCUUUUAUCAUCACUCCAUACUUUGAUGACAGGGUGGAAAAGCAGACUCGAGUGAUUGGAAUUGUACAUCACAAGGAAGUGAAGGACCACUAUUGCUGGUUCUGUUGCCCAGCUGAUGAUGUGGCCUUUAUCUCUAAGGCUGCAAUAGAUAUCCACUUGGAUCGUUUUGGAUUUCCCUAUGUGGUUGCAGACUUGAUUUGUUUGGAACCCUCACACUGUGAGCCUCGUUACAUGGCAUUGCAGUCAUCUGGUGAAGGAUCUGACAGUGGCAUGUCACCACAGUUUGAAAUAAAAAAUCGCCAGCGACAGAGCACUCUGGUGGACUUCACAGUGUGCAUCUCCACCAUGUUUGGAGACUAUAACAAUGUCCUCCAGUUCGUGCAGAGCAUUGAAAUGUAUAAACUCCUUGGAAUGCAGAAGGUGGUGAUCUAUAAGAACAGCUGCAGCCAGUUGAUGGAGAAAGUCCUUCAAUUCUAUGUGGUGGAAGGGACCGUGGAGGUGGUGCCCUGGCCAAUCACAUCCUACCUGAGUGUUUCUAAUAAAUGGCAUUUCACGGACGACGGGACCGAAAUUGGCUACUAUGGACAAAUCGCUGCUCUGAAUGACUGUGUCUACCGGAAUAUGUACAGGAGCAGGUACGUUCUGCUGAAUGACAUUGAUGAAAUUAUUCUUCCCAUUCAACAUUUGGAUUGGAAAACCUUGAUGCAAAAACUUGAGAAACAAAAUCCGGAGAUUGGUAUCUUCCUCUUUGAGAACCACAUUUUCCCAAAUAAUGUCUUCACCUUCCCCCCUGAUCAUGUUCCACAUUCUUGGAAUAUGGUACCUGGAGUCAACAUCCUGCAGCAUGUCCUCCGAGAACCAGACAGGAAAGAGGUCAUAAACCCAAGGAAAAUGAUUGUUGAUCCGAGGAAAGUGGUUCAGACGUCUGUUCACUCUGUCCUUCAGGGGAUCGGAGGCAGUGUGGAAGUCCCUGCUGAUGUUGCAAUUGUCUUCCACUGUCGGUCUCCUUUUCAACCGGAUUUGCCCAGGGAAUCCCUGAUCAAGGACACAACACUCUGGAGAUAUAACACGUCACUAAUAGACAGAGUUAACAAAGUGCUACAGAAUAUACUAUUAGAAGUGGUGAAGUAGUAAACACAGGAAACAUUACUGAUAUUUCUCUUUGGAGGCUCAUCCAAAAAGAUAUUUGGGAGCAAGUUGUACAGGAUGAAUUUCCAAUGCAUGUUCAAGAGAGGAUUAUCAUGAAUUAAAAAAGAACAUGUUUGCUCUUGACUUUCUUUAGAAUGUGACUCAUGGAGCUACAGAAAAAGUGAUGGCAUAAUUUGUCAUGCAUUGCAAAAGUGCACUAGAUAUGGGAAAUGAUGGGUCAGAGACCCAGUGGUCCGAUUUGUGUCAGCAUCCCAUCUAUAAUUGCAGCAAGAUUCUUCUGAGGUCAUGGACCAAAGUCAAGAGUAUCCAUCAAGGGCAACAUCCUUUUUGCACUGCGAUCCUAGCAACAAUUGUAAGGAUUAGGGUUAUAUUCACUGUUAGUUCUCCUCAGAAUAGACCCAUUGUAAUGAAUGAACAUGACUAAGUGAGGUCCAUUAAUUUUAAUGGGUCUCCUCCAAGUGCAACUUAGUUGAAUACAACCCAUCCUUGAUUAAGGAUCUGUUUAACUGUGUGUAGUCUGUAUAUAAAUAUAUCCGAUAUAGAUAUAAAUAUCAGUGUCAUAUGUGCAUAUCAUAUGAAUGCUUUUGUUCAAAAUUCCGGCCGAUCGUGCCCUUUUCUAGGUUAUUCCAUUAUGUCCAUCUUCCCAGUAUUCCAUGGUCCAUAAAUACACAGUCCUUGUGGUUCCCCCAACUGAGCUGCUAUCUCCCAUGUGUGAAAAUCUUGGCCACAUAAGAAAUGACAUGCACAGGCUGAAUUAUGGAAAUAGAAAGAACAAAACAUCUAACACACAAAGAAAUAGGUGAUGCUCACUCUCUACCACUUAGAGGAGUUCUACAAUCAGGAUAAUACAUAGUUGUAGAAAAAUUGUCACCUGCAAAUUGAGCAGAUUUGCAGGUUUGAUAUUAUAUUAAUUACACAAUUAAUUCCAGUUUGACCUGUUAAGGAAGCAGCAUGAUACUAUUCUGGAACCUUGUGUCAAGACCUACUGAGCAUCUUAAUCAGUUGCUCCCCUAUUUUUGUAGGCAUUGGCAACACCUCCACACCCCCUGCCAUGCAAAUCCUUUAAACUACUGGGGGCUAGAAACAUAUUUAUUCUCAAACAAACAACAGUAGAGAUUCAGAGGCAGCUGCUUUCCGGACCCAGUAAUGUGGUUCUGUUCUACCACAGACUUCCUCAGCUCAACAUUACACACUGUAUCCAGCUGUUUUCUAGUCAUAGUAGACCCAUGGAAAUGAAUGCAUAUUUAUGACCUUCAGUUUCAGUUUCCCCUUGAAACCUUGCAUAGGGCAAGAGUAGGGACAUGCGCACGGCAUGGAGAGUUCACGAGGCCGCAUUGUGCCCCCCCACCCGCGCAGGGUCCACCGGUGGCAGCCAGCCAACGUGCCCUUGGCAUGUGAAUCCCCCCCAAUGAGGGGGCUGGGUGUGUGGAGUGAGGCCAGGUCAGGCUUCGUGGCCCAGAGUCUCCCCAUGACAGGUGGGGUGGGGGUACAGGGAUCCCUGUUUUGCACCCCUUCAAAAUCAUGCACCUGAGGCUAUGGCUUCCCUACACACACACCCCACUUUGCCCCUGCUUCCAGCCUUCUCCAACCUGAUGCCCUCCAGAUGUUUUUUUUUUUUUGCCACAGGUCCCUCAGCCAGCCCCAAGCCACAUUUUAACUGGAGUCUGCCUUUUUGUAAUGCAGUUGAUUAAAAUACAAUCCUACUUGUGUCUAUUUGAAAAUAAGAGCCAUUGUGUUCAAGGUGGCUUACUGUCUAGCAAGUCUUUUAGGGAUUGUGUUCCCACUCAUAUACUGGUAGAUACUGUACCUUCCAUUCCAUCCAUCCUAAGUAUUGAUGAUUUCUUUUAAAUUUCCUGUUAGCUAGAGAAGUGAGAACUUCAGGAUGAAGAUUAGAGCCAAUCAAUGUGGCAAUUUUUUUGCAGUUGCUGCAAGAAAUAAGAAAAUCAAGAGAGGAUUUCCUAAAGCUGAAUGCAGUUCAGUGGACUCUCUGAAUUGCAUACCAUAAAACUACGUUGUUUGGCUUUUGAAUUCUGCUUUUGAGGUGCAUGGUUGACCUAUUUUAGCAAUCUUAACAUCAUUAAGGUGGGACUGACAUCUUAUUUGGUACCAUAGAGUUGGAGGGGGUCUUGUUUGAUGCAAGAAAUGAUGGCUAUGCUCUGCCUGCACAGUCUGAAGCAGCAAUACUUCUAAAUACCAGUUGCUGGAAACCAUAGGGCAGGAGAGUGCUCUUGUGUUUGAAUCCUGCUUGUGGGUUUCCUACAGGCAUCUGGUUGGCCACUGUGAGAACUGGAUGCUGGACUAGAUGGGCCACUGCCCUGAUCCAGGAAGCUCUUCUUCAGUUAUUAAGUUAUGAAGGGAGACCUCAAACUCAGGGAUCACAUAACUCAGGGUUCCCCAGCAGCCUGUUGGCACAAUUGGAAAGUUUUCUGUGGGUGGCAAUCACAAAUCGGUGUUAUGGGGUGUAUGGCAUAACACAAAAUGGCUGCUGUGGGGUAUUAUUAUUUAUUCAUUAUUACUAUUAUGGUAUGUUAUUGCCAUAAAAAGUUACUAAUGUACAGUAAGUGUGCCUGAUUCCAUUUCUCUUUAUACUGUGACAGUGAGUUCCACAGUUAAACCCCUAGAUUAAAUGGAAAGUACUUAAUAAUGUGGCUUGUUUGCGAUUAAACAUAAGCCUGUUUUCAACCUAUCAUGAAUGCUCUCUUGUACCAUGACACCCAAGAACAGGUUUUUUUUUCUUUAUUGUGUCACUUCUGAAGGUUGUUAAUGUGAU